AUGGAGCUCGAGGCGUGGCUGCUAUGUGCAGCGCUCGCCGCGGCGGCGCUAGCCUACUACACGGCGCGCCGGCGAGGAUCGGGCGCCGCCGGGCGGCUGCCUCCUGGGCCGACGCCGCUGCCGGUGGUCGGCAACGUGCUCAGCCUGCGGGGCAACAUGCACCACGCGCUGGCGCGGCUCGCGCGGGAGCACGGCCCCGUGAUGACGCUGAGGCUGGGGCUCGUCACGGCCGUGGUCGUCUCGUCGCCCGGCGCGGCGAGGGAGGCGUUCGCGAGGCACGACCGGCGCCUCGCGGCGCGCGCGGUCCCGGACAUCGCCCGCGCCCGCGGGUUCGCCGGCCGGUCCAUGAUAUGGCUCCCGAGCUCCGACCCGCUCUGGAAGACGCUGCGCGGGGUGGCGGCCACGCACGUCUUCUCCCCAAGGAGCCUCGCCGCGGCGUGCGGCGUCCGCGAGCGCAAGGUGCGCGACAUCGUCGGCUACCUCGCCGGCCGCGCCGGGGAGGAGGUGGACGUCGGCCGGGUCGUGUACGGCGGCGUGAUCAACCUCGUGUCGAGCACGCUCUUCUCCGCCGACGUGGUCGACGUCGGCGCGGCGUCCGCGCACGGGCUGCAGGAGGCCGUCGAGGACCUCGUCUCCGCGAUCGCGAGGCCGAACGUCUCCGACCUCCUCCCCUUCCUCCAGCCGCUCGACCUGCAGCGAUGGCGUCCAUGGAUGGAGGAGCGCUUCGACAAGAUCUUCGCCAUCUUGAAUGGCAUAAUCAACCGCCGCUUGGCCGACGCCGGCACCUCGACUGGCAAGCAUGGCGACUUCCUAGACAGCCUCCUCGAGCUCACGUCCACCGGCAAGAUAGCCCGCGACAACGUGUCAACCAUAAUGUUCGACGUCUUCGGCGCUGGCACCGACACGAUCUCCAUCACGGUGGAGUGGGCGAUGGCGGAGCUCCUCCGCAACCCGAGCAUAAUGGCCAAGGCGCGCGCGGAGAUGGAGGGCGUUCUCGCCGGCAAGAACGCCGUCGAGGAGACCGACAUGGAAAGGCUGCCGUACCUCCGCGCCGUGGUGAAGGAGGCGAUGCGCCUCCACCCGGUGGCGCCGAUAAUGCUGCCGCACCGGGCGGUGGAGGACGGCGUCGAGAUCACCGGCUACGCCGUGCCGAAGGGCUCGACGGUGAUCUUCAACGUGUGGGCGAUAAUGCGUGACCCCGCAGAGUGGGAGAAGCCCGAGGAGUUCAUGCCUGAGCGAUUCUUGGAUCCGCAUAGGGCGGAGAAGAAGGUGGAGUUCCGUGGGAAGGACUUCGAGUUUAUACCGUUUGGGGCGGGCAGGAGGAUGUGCCCCGGGUUGCCGAUGGCGGAGCGCGUCGUGCCAUUCAUACUGGCGUCGCUGCUGCACGCCUUCGAGUGGAGGCUCCCCCAUGGCAUGUCGGCCGAGGAGUUGGAUGUCAGUGAACGGUUUACCACUGCCAAUGUCCUCUCUGUCCCACUCAAGGCCGUUCCCAUACUUGCCUCUAGUGGAAUACAAGUGGACUAGCAGGAUUAGCCUGCCGCUUCCGCAUUUACGGGGCUAGAUUUACUUUUAAAGUUCGAAUAUCAACUAAUACUAUCAAAAUAACGUUUU